AUGUUGAUUCACCGGGCAAGAAACCUCCUCAAUGUUGAGGACAAGAACCUCAUCCUGAGGAUAAAAAACAGACAUGGAAACACCGCUUUGCAUGAGGCCGCAAUUUGUCAUCACGUCGGCAUGGUCCGUCGUUUGUUGAGCGAAGAUUCAGAACCUGUGUACUGGAUGAACGUGGAAAAGAAAUCUCCCCUGUACCUGGCUCUCUACACCAGUGACUCCGCUAUACACAACGUUUUAUUUUCCCUCCUGCUCGAACCGUCGAGGAUACAAGGCUUGCCGCCUGUUCCUGGAGCCAUCCUGCGCAAGAACUAUGAUUUAGCGGCCAAGAUACUGAAAAAGAACAUCAAGCUUUUUGCAAUGACUGACUCCAGAAGUGGUCAUGUAAUCCAUUUAGCUGCUUACACGAAUCAGACUGAAGUAUUCGAACUCUUGCUACCAAAAACUGAAUACUUGGCCCGAGCACAGGAUAUGAAUGGGGAUCUUCCCAUUUAUAUUGCGAGCAAGAUGGGUUAUGUUGAAUUGAUUGAGAAGCUAUAUCCUAUAUCAGAGUUCCUGAACGGACGAGGACAAUGGACAAGCUUUGGCAGUGAAAUAUAUACUGAGACAUCUGAACUGCGAAUGCUGAUAAACGAUAGAUAUUAUGCUGGAAAUACAGCUUUGCACUUGGCCGUGAUGCAUUCACAACCCGUGGCUUUGAUUCCUCUUGUGCUGGAUAAAAGAAUCAACCUCUUCGUUCUUAAGCAUGAAUGCUUGACUGCUCUUGACAUUGCUCAAUAUCGUAUCAGAAGGGAGUAUGCGCUGCGGAAGUAA